UUUGGAAGAGUGUUCUGGGAUCUUUGUCUUCCUCGGGCUCCUGAGCAACAUGCCUUGUUUCAAGCAGCCUACGCACUUCCAGAGUCUGAUACUUCUGCAAUGGCCCUUGAGCUACCUUGCCAUAUUUUGGAUCUUGCAGCCAUUAUUCAUUUCCUUGCUGUUUACAUCCUUGUGGCCACUGCCAGUGCUGUACUUUACCUGGUUUUUCCUGGACUGGAAGACUCCAGAGCAAGGUGGCAGGCGUUCAGCCUGGGUAAGGAACUGGUGUGCCUGGACCCACAUCAGGGACUAUUUCCCCAUUACGAUCCAGAAGACUAAAGACUUGUCGCCGGAGCACAACUAUCUCAUGGGGGUUCACCCUCAUGGUCUCUUGACCUUUGGAGCCUUCUGCAACUUCUGCACUGAAGCUACAGGCUUCUCAAAGGUCUUCCCAGGCAUCACUCCCCACCUGGCCACACUGUCCUGGUUCUUCAAGAUCCCCUUUGUCAGGGAGUACCUCAUGGCCAAAGGUGUGUGCUCCGUGAGUCAGCCAGCGAUCGACUACCUGCUAAGCCACGGCACUGGCAACCUCGUGGGCAUCGUGGUAGGAGGGGUGGGAGAGGCCCUUCAAAGUGUGCCCAACACCACCACCCUCAUCCUCCAGAAGCGCAAGGGGUUUGUACGCACAGCCCUCCAGCAUGGGACUCAUCUGGUCCCCACCUUCACAUUUGGAGAAACUGAGGUAUAUGAUCAGGUGCAAUUCCAUAAGGACAGCUGGAUGUACAAGUUCCAGAGCUGCUUCCGCAGAAUCUUUGGUUUCUAUUUCUGCAUCUUCUAUGGAAGAGGCUUCUACCCAGGCACCAGUGGGCUUCUGCCCUACUCGCUGCCUAUUGUCACUGUAGUUGGGGAGCCUUUGCUGGUGCCCAAAAUUGAAAAACCAAGCCAGGAAGUGGUGGACAAAUACCAUGCACUCUAUAUGGAUGCCCUGUGCAAACUCUUUGACCGGCACAAGACCCAGUAUGGCUGCUCAGAGACCCAAAAGCUGCUUUUCCUGUGACUGAAUGAGCUUGCAUGCCCAAAAAAAAAUGUGCCUUGGGGAGAAGACUCAUUUACUGCUAACUAAGAGGGGGAGAAAAGGAGAUAAGGGAAGGCUCUGUGUAGUAGGGGAGGACAUUAAGAAUUCUUUCCUUGUCACAAAGCCUUCAUAGUUGCUGUCCCAGGGAGCUUCACUCAGUCAUUCCACAAAAGGGAGCAUCCUGAGGCCCCUCAGGCCCAGCCAUGGGCAUGCUAAGCACACACAUGCUUCCUUCCUAAGCCUAACCCCCAGGCCUCGAAGGACUCAAAUGACAGCCAAACAGCCCAAGUAGCCCCCACUCUGGUGCUGGUUGUUGUUAUACGGUCAUAAUGCAUAUUUUAAUUGGGAUUUUUUUGCAUUCCAUAAGUUUAACCUGUUUAAAGCGUAAAAUUCAGUAGUACUUAGUAUAUUCACAGAGUUGUG